AUGACACCCGAAGACAAACUAGUGAUCAAUACAUUGAUACAAGAUUUGGAUGCGAUUCGCGAUAAGAUAUCUUCAGAUAAUGAGACCAUUGAACCCAAUGUCCGCGUGUGUCAAACAACAACCCAGAGGUCAUUGAGACUAAGAUCUCAUAUGAGAACACAAGAAGUGAAUCAUACUAUUGGCGAAGAGAUUACUGGAGACGAUAGUGAUGUGAAGGACAAGAAGAUUGUGAACACAAACAGCAAAAGUAGACAACAAAGUGACCGCAAAAGCGAUUCAAUGCGUGAAUACAAGGGCUGUAAUAAAAGCGCGAAACGAAAGCCUAAACCAAAGCCAAGGUCUAAAUUGGUGGGAAAGACAGUGAAAUGUGAUUAUAAGGACUGCGAGUAUAAGUGUCGCACAGAAGUGAACCUCAAAAGUCAUAUGAAGAGCCAUUUGAAUGAAAAGACUGAACCAUUUCGUGAACAGCGCCGACAUAUCUACAAAACAUGUUACGAUUUGAGCACUAAUUCAUACGUUUGUCACGAAAUUGAUUGUCAAAAGUCUUACAGAACUUACCGCUCGUUUAGACUGCAUUUAUUAGGCGUUCACACGGAUAAGACAUUUGCGUGCGAUUAUUCAGGCUGUGAGAAACGGUUUACCACUCUAUACCGCAUGAGACAACACUAUAAAAUAAUCCACAACACGGCUAAAGCGUUGAAAUGUCAUUUCCCGGGCUGUCGGUACAUAUUUCGUACAAAACCAGAGCUAGAAAAACAUUUUGCUAGACAUUACUCCGAGAAAGCCUUUUCAUGCGAUAUCAAGGGCUGCGGAAAGGCGUUUACAACAUCACUAGCACUGAGAGUCCAUUUACGGCUUCAUAAUAGCGAACCCACCUAUAAGUGUACGGCUGAGGGGUGUCUGGAAAUGUUUUAUAAAUAUACUCAUUUAACUAAACAUAGGAUUAGUGAACAUAACUAUAAGCCAUAUACCUAUAAACGCUAUGAAUUGGCUGCAGUGCAGUGCGAUUGGCCGGGCUGUGACUUUUGGACCAAAGGGACCAAUGCACUCAAUGCCCAUAAGCGCGUACACACCGGCGAAAAGCCGUAUGCAUGCGAUUGGCCAGAAUGCGGGAAAGCAUUUCAACGCCUAAAUAACUUGAAUGACCACAAGAAUAUUCAUUAUAACGUUAAACCCUAUGCUUGUCAGUGGCCCGGCUGUCAGUACUCGUCCUCGAGUGCGCCCAACAGACAAAACACUCGCCCGGACUCUGAUUCCGGUGCGAUCUUUGAUAUUAGGGAACGUAUGGCUACCGUUCCUAAGCCGGACACACUG